GUUUCAUAAGUGUUCCGGUGCGACGCGUUGUGGCCUGCUCGUUCAGUCUUCUCGUGGACCUUUUGUGAAAUCUGUUUCGUCAAGGCGUGCUUCGAUAGAUUAUUAAACUCGUUUUUAUUAUUAAAUUCGUUAUUAAACAUAAAAAGAUGACUAACGAAAUUGUGGAAGAAACUCAUCAAAAGGAAGAGCCGGUGCAUUUUCAAGAACCGGCGAUACAAAAUAAUCCGGAUGGUUGGGGACCUUACGAGUUGCCCGAUCAAUUCAAAGACAUACCGUACCAGCCAUUUUCAAAGGGUGAUAGGCUUGGGAAGAUUUCCGAUUGGACCGGAGCAGCUUUCCAAGACAAAAAGUUCACCAACAAAUAUGCGUCCCAAUUUGGCUCGGGAAGUCAGUACGCGUAUUACCACGAUGAGGAUGAGUCGACUUUCCAUCUGGUGGAUACGACGCGAGUACAGAAGCCGCCGUACCAGCGUGGUCGUUUCGGAAAGAACCAACGGAACAUGAGAGGUCGAGGAGGACAGAGAGGUGGCAUCAAUCAAAUGCAACAGCUUGGAAAGCUGAAAUUGAGGGAGCGGGAGAGAAAAGGACAGACAAAACGUUGGGGUCGGCAACAGGGCUUGAGGAAUCACAAAAAUCAGCCGCCAAUAAAAAUUCGGGAUGCGUCCGUGACGGUGCGUCCGGAUUGGGUGACGAUAGAGGAAAUGGAUUUUCCACGAUUGGCAAAGCUCUCGUUGCCAGGAGUAAAAGACGGCGAGGAUAUUCUAUGCGCGGGCUCGUUAGAAUAUUACGAUAAAACGUACGAUCGUGUGAACGUUAAAAGUGAGAAACCGUUACAGAGAAUCGACCGAAUCUUCCACACGGUGACGACAACCGACGAUCCGGUGAUUCGUAAGUUGUCGAAAACAGAAGGAAAUGUGUACGCGACGGACGCCAUUCUCGCGACGAUAAUGUGCUCAACCAGGAGCAAUUAUUCGUGGGACAUUGUGAUUGAGAAAAUUGGCGAUAAGCUAUUUUUCGACAAGCGUGACAACACAGAGUUCGACCUCUUAACGGUGAACGAGACGAGCGUCGAGCCGCCCCAGGACGACGGAAACUCUUUGAACUCCCCCCGCAAUUUAGCCCUCGAAGCGACCUUCAUAAAUCACAACUUUUCCCAACAAGUAUUGAAGUCGAACGAGCCACGAUACAAAUUCGAAGAAGGCAAUCCUUUCAUCUCCGAGGAAGAAGAGAGCGACGUUGCCAGCGUCGCUUAUCGAUACCGUAAAUGGGAUUUGAACAACGGCGUCACGCUAGUUUGCCGUUGCGAACACGAUGCAGUCAUGCAAGGAACCAAUAAUGAUACCCAAUUUCUUACGAUAAAGGCCCUCAAUGAAUGGGAUUCAAAACUUGCAAAUGGAGUCGAAUGGAGGCAGAAGUUGGACACGCAGCGAGGCGCUGUCCUCGCCAAUGAGCUGCGAAACAAUGCCUGCAAACUGGCCAAGUGGACAGUGCAGGCGCUCCUCGCAGGAUCCGACCAACUGAAGUUCGGCUACGUCUCCCGUGCCUCCGUGCGGGAUUCCUCGAAGCACGUUAUCCUCGGAACGCAACAAUAUAAACCUAACGAAUUCGCUACCCAAAUUAAUCUCAACAUGGACAAUGCUUGGGGUAUCCUACGUUGCAUCAUUGACAUUUGCCUCAAACAGAAAGACGGCAAAUAUCUUAUCAUGAAAGAUCCCAACAAGCCCAUGAUUCGACUGUACGAUAUUCCUGAUAAUACCUUCGAAAGCGAGGGGGAGGAAGACGAGGACGACGAAGAGCCGGUCAACGAUGCUUUCCAGAAUUGAAUGACGAAUUCAUUAGAGUUUUCUCAUCUUCCCCCGCAACACUGAAACGUACUACGUCGCAACGGUUCCAUGGAACAUUUGAAUAGGAAUGAAUAUUAUAGCUUAUUUUAAUUUUAUUCGAUCGGGAGAAGACUAUUGUAAACGAAAAUCGGAAUGAUGUAAAAUAAUAAACGAUUUCAGCGAA